AAUGAAUUAAAUAAAUAAACGAGCAAGGUGCAGUUCCGCCAGGAGCCGUGAGUGUGUGAGCGCGUGAAUGUGUGUGAGUGUGUGUGUGUGUCGUCUGUCUGAAACAUGAACCGCUCGCAUUAGACGUCAGGAGGGCGAUUUAAAACGGGGCAAAAAUCAUCAUCAGCAUCAUCAUCAUCCUUCUCUUCCACGGGAAAAACCUGCUCGCACGCGCCAGGCAGCAGGGACAUCAAAUUAGGGUGGUGAAAUUAUUUGUGCAAGCAGCCUAUGAAGGGGAGGAAGGUGUAACACAUACACUAUAAUAGAGUGUGUGUUGUUUCCAUUAGUGUUAAUGAUCUCAUUUACUACUCUUAAUUAUCAGCACUAAAAUCAUUCGAGGAAAACUGGAGCAUACAUGUCGUGAUCUGAGAAAAGCAUCGGGUUAUUCUUAUGGAUUAACAUAUGAUCUUAACUCAACCCAGGGCAAACCGCUCUUCUCUCCUCCCCUCGCCGUUUUUUCUCCUCCUCUCCCUCCCCUAUGCUCAGUUCGGUGUGUGUCUCCUCAUUCAAAGGGCGCAAGGGUGGGAACAAGUCGUCCAACAAAGCAUGUUACAGCGCCGACAUGACUUGCCCGUCGGAAAGCGAGAAAAUCGUCAUCAACUGCGGCGGCGUGAGGCACGAGACGUACCGGAGCACGCUGAAGACGCUUCCCGGGACGCGGCUGUCGUGGCUCACUGAGCCGGACGCCUUCAGCAACUUCGACUACGACGCGAAGUCAGACGAGUUCUUCUUCGACAGGCACCCGUCCGUCUUCUCGUUCAUCCUCAACUACUACCGGACGGGCAAGUUGCACUGCCCUAACGACGUGUGCGGCCCGCUGUUCGAGGAGGAGCUCGCCUUCUGGGGCAUCGACGAGACCGAUGUUGAGGCGUGUUGCUGGAUGAACUACCGGCAGCACCGGGACGCGGAGGAGGCGCUGGACAGCUUUGAGACGCCCGAGCCGGAGGUACCGGACGACGACCCUGCGCUCGCGGGGGACGGAGACCUGAAGCGGCUGUGCCUGCAGGAGGACAACAGGAAGGCGGGCUGGUGGCGCGUGUGGCGACCCCGGAUCUGGGCGCUCUUCGAGGACCCUUAUUCAUCCAAAUACGCGCGGUAUGUGGCGUUCGGAUCCCUGCUAUUCAUCCUCAUCUCCAUUUCCACCUUUUGCAUGGAGACGCACGAAGCGUUCAACACCAUCUACAACAAAACGGAGAACGUGACGGAAGGGAACGUGACGAAAGAGGAGAUCGUGUACGAGGUGGUCACGGACAGAUGGCUCACCUACGUGGAGGGGGUGUGCGUGAUCUGGUUCACCAUCGAGGUCUUCACGCGCGUCGUCUUCUGUCCCGACAAGGUGGAGUUCUUCAAGAGCGCGCUGAACAUCAUCGACUUCGUGGCCAUCUUGCCCUUCUACCUGGAGGUCGGUCUGAGCGGACUCUCCUCCAAAGCGGCGAAAGAUGUUCUGGGCUUCCUGCGCGUGGUGCGCUUCGUGCGAAUCCUGCGUAUCUUCAAGCUGACGCGUCACUUCGUGGGCUUGCGCGUCCUCGGACACACACUCCGCGCCAGCACCAAUGAGUUCCUCCUGCUCAUCAUCUUCCUCGCUCUCGGCGUUCUCAUCUUUGCCACCAUGAUCUACUACGCCGAACGGAUAGGAGCCAGUCCGGACGACCCCACGGCGAGCCUGCACACCAGCUUCAAGAACAUCCCCAUUGGUUUCUGGUGGGCCGUGGUGACCAUGACCACCUUAGGCUAUGGAGAUAUGUAUCCGGAGACGUGGUCGGGCAUGCUGGUGGGGGCGUUGUGCGCCCUCGCGGGGGUGCUGACUAUUGCCAUGCCCGUGCCCGUGAUUGUUAACAACUUCGGCAUGUAUUACUCUCUGGCCAUGGCCAAGCAGAAGCUGCCUAAAAAGAAGAACAAACACAUCCCGCGAGCCCCGCAACCCGGCUCGCCCAAUUACUGCAAGCCGGACGCCCUGGCAAUGGCGACCGCCUCGCCCCAGAGGAUCCUGGGUAACGUGCUGGGUGGCGUGCUGGGGUCGAGUGGGCUGGCGGGUGGACUGGCGGGAGGACUGGCGGGUGACUGUCCGCUAGCUCAAGAGGAGAUCAUAGAGAUCAACAGAGACUCGAAGCAGAACGGUGACGCAGCCAGUGCCGCUCUAGCGAACGAGGACUGUCCAACCAUCGAUCAGGUUCUCAGUCCGGACGAGCGCAGCCCGAUCGGCCGAACACAAGAACGCUACCAGCAGGACAGAGCCUGCUUCCUCCUCAACACGCGAGAGUUUCGACCCACUGAUGGGAACGUGCGGAAAGGUUGUGUCAUAUCCCGCGUUUGCCGUCAGUGCAGCACCAGAGUUUCUAAUGCGUGACUAUGGUAGUACAUGCUUAACUUUUACCAGCGAUUCACAGUGUUAAGUUUCUAGCAUUUGGCAAUUCUUUUAAGGAGACACAGUUAGUCGCUGAAUCCUGAAAACUUUGCAGAUGGGACCGCACCAUCCAUACGGGACGUGUGAGGAAUGUCGGAGUGGCAAGAGGGUGUGACUGGAAACAAAAAAACAACAACAAAGGAAAGUGGAAAUUUCCGAUGCCGAAUCUUCACACGGUAACCAAAGCAACCUCACCGAAAUUCCGGAUCACUCCUCUUUCUACAGACUGACUGACUUUACAGCAACAAAUCCGAACAUUGCACUGACACCUGAAAGAGAAAAAGGACUCUUGAAUGAACGAACAGAAAAAAACAUUCCAAUGUUUUAAGAUCAAAACACCAGGCGUUUUGACUGCCGCACUCACCUGGGCCCUGAGUUUCUGUAUAUUAGUCUAUAUGUAAGAAUGAAGGACCAAGUUAGAAUAAUUAUGUAGCAUUUCUGCUAAGACCCUGUAGCAUUUCUUGGCUGGGAGAACUCUCCGACAGACUUUUUACAGACUGAUAUCCAUCGACCGUUUUUGCACAGAAUGACUAAAAAUGACUUAGUCAUGCACAAUUUUUUCUUGUUUUCUUUCCCCCCACUCAGCAUAUUAGCAGCAAAGUGUGUUGUCCGUGUAUUGCCGUGUGGUAGUUCCCACUCCCCGUCCGAGAAAAGUCUGAGUCUUAGAGUAGCUCUUCUUUGUGAAUGAAUCUAGAGCGCUGCAAAAGUGAAACGCAGCACUCUGCUUUGGUAACAGAUGUACGUUGCUAUUCCCAAACAGUCUUCCAGGUUUUUUUCCCGUACGUUCGGGGGAGGCAACAUCAAAAACACAGUCCCGACAGACCAAAGCCCAACUGUGACCAAAUAAUAAUGUACGAAAGCUAAAACGGCACAAAAUGACUUUAGAUGUUCCCUGUCAGAUCUGAACUUUUCGUCCCUUUAAAUAUGAACGGAUUGGCUGUUCUGCCAGGGGUGCUGUCGCUAAUCCCCCUCAAAUUGAGGACGUUUCCCAUGGGAAUCCUCUCUGAUUAUAGAGGUUUAUUAUGUGAUUUAUUUUGUGAUUUAGUAUAGCUAAUGCUGCCAUAGAUUAUAUACAUGCACAUGUGAGUGCUUGGACCAAUAACUAGCGUUUCUUGGACCAAUAACUAGCGUUUUCAUGGAAAGAGGGUAUAAAGGUCAGGGAAAUGCAGAGACAUUCUUAAAAUCUCCCUUACUAAAAAAAAAAAAAUCGUCUAUGUACGACUUGUCUAAAACUGCCUUCAGAGUUUCCCUCCGUCUCUGUCUCGUAUUCUCUCCUUUUGGCUUGUUCCUUCUUAACUAAUCAGAGGGAGCGCAGGAGGUCACGCCAAACGAAUCAAGAAUAAAUGUACAAAAAAAUAAAAAGAACAAAUUUAUAUUUUGAUAAGUAACAUCUCCGUGGUUCACGAGGCAUGCGACGCCACCGAUGUUCGAAUGCGACUGUAAAAAUGCAAUGCCGUCCACCCUACGAACAACCGCAGCGACUUACACAAAAAAAGAAUAGAGAAAAAAAGGACGAAAGAAAAGAAUAUUAACGCGCUCUUUUGGAGGGAGAUAUGCUUCAUCAAAGAGAUUGUUUCCUCGUAGACUGAACUGUGAGAAAAUGGAUGUCAAAAUAUAUGAAAAAGAAAAACAAAUGAAAAAAAAAACUACUUGGAGAGAAAAAAAUAAUUAAAAAAAUGCAUUUUUGUAACUUUGUUUACCAGCAUGAGACUUUGCAUGACUGUAUUUUCUGCUAGCCCUUAGUUGAAGUGGGGAGGGCUAAAAAAAAAUAAUAAUUAAAAAAGAUAUUAAUAAUAAAGAUGUUAAUAAAAAUAAAAAAACAUGAUAUGCAAUGGAUAUUUAAGAAAAUAAUAUAUUUAAAAGAGCUAUAUUUUGUUUUGAAAUAGAAAGAAAAUGUGAAUAAAUUCUGACUGCGAGUUACACACUGAACUGUUUUAUUAGUUUUAGAUUUAAAAAAAUAAAAAAAUCUCAAUGCCACCAAAAUCUGUUCUGCUACAUACUGCCCCAUGUGACAUUCCCGUUCGGUUUCAUUUCUCCCAUCGAAAUGCCGCCUGGACUGUAUAUUUUGGUUGCGUAUCUUUCUUUUUGUGGGGUCGUCUAUCUAUCCAAGUGUUUGGCUGAUGUUUGUCUGCGUACAACAUUAGUUUUCUCUGUAGCCAUGAUAACAACUGUGCUAAUGCUAGAAUCCCUGCUAGCGGGAUACGGCGUCUUUUCCCACAUGUAUCGGGGCUGAUAGCGUUUCGUUCUCAGUUUGAGUUCACCUGCUCUCAUUGGCAAUAAUAUGAAUGAUAAUCUGACGGAGAUGUAGCAAAGGCAAAGUGGAGGCUCGUAUCAGUCUCGGCGUCUUCCUUACAAACGGAUGCAGUGUGGGAAACUGUGUUUUUGUAGAGGCGUUGUGUCUCUAAUCUCAGGUGAAAAACGUGAAUGCUCAGUUCCGCACCAGACCUCUGCCUGCCCGUGCAGCCAUUUUUCAUUUUCAUCUCGUCUGAUUGUUUUAAAGUUCCCGUUUUACACUCAUGUAUUUCCUGUUAAAACAGGAAGUUAGGACACAGGGCUUAUCCCUUUCCAUUUGUCUUUAGCCUUUAGCUUAGCACAGCUGACAGCUUGUACAAUGGAUCAAAAUACUUUUCAAACUAAUAAAUUCUUCAAAGAACAAUUUUAAAUAUCAUUCUGUGAUAUUGGGUAAUUUCUAAUUUGGUGUUUAGUUCAAUCUAACUUGUUUAUCAUAGAAGUUAUUUUUAGUUCAAAGGACACCAGGUUAAAGUUAAACCUUUAGCAUUUAGCUUUAGGCUAAUGCAAAACAUCACAGUUGAGUUGUAAAAAUAGGCUACAGAAUUAAAGUUGCUAACUCUAAUCACGGUAAUUUGGUGUGUUAAAAUGCUAAGUUUUACCCAAAUUGUUUAUCUAAAAGUUUUUUUAUGUCUCAGGACAUGAGGCAAAAGCUAAACCUUAAUGCUAAACCAAAACAUUUAAGUUGAGUUAAGCGUGCUUAGGCCUGUUUGUUAUUUUGUGAUAAACUCCAUUACAAAUUCUAAUCAUGCUUAAGUGGUGUCCUAAAAUGCUGUGUUACCCCAAUAUAAGUUUUUCUUUUUAUAUCUCAGGACACCAGGCUAAAGCUAAAACUUUAGCAUUUAGCUUUAGCAUAAUGCAAAAACAUCACAGUUGAGUUUUUGCUUCAGAUCUGGGCCUCAGUCAGUAGCAUCUUUAGCAUUGUAGCACUGCAGCUAAUCUGUUAGCAUUUAACACAAGGGCAUUUACAAACUUAUUAUUCAAUAAGUUAUAUGUUCAUAGGCUAUUAUUCAGAGUGUCACACUUGAGCCACAAUGAGUCGACGUUUAUAGAUUACUGACAUAUAACGAUGUGCUAAUCAAUACGCUACAUAGUUUGAGAGGGCGGAUAGAAGAUCAAAUAUGGAUGCUGGAAGCCCUUGAUGUGGCAAGUCUGUUAUUGUAGAUGAGAAGCCUCUGCUAAUUUGCAAGUCGACAGAAAUGACUGAAUGAAAUGAAUAUGAGAGACUGCGAAGGUUCGAGCAGGCAGCGGUCCGGUGUCUGGUGUGAGGGACGGUUCGUGAUAUUUUGGGUGUGUUGAUAUCAUCGGCUUCUGAUAUAUGGAAUGCAGAUGAUGGAAGUGGACAUACGACCUUCAGGAGAAAGACAAUAUGACACCGCUUAUAUUUUCGAAACUUUACCAAGCGAAAACGAGAUGUCUCCGCACUGGGUCACUGGGUCCUUUCCCAGCCCAGAAAGAAACCUUAUAGCCCAAAUAGGUCUUUGUUUUUCAAAGUUGUGCAUAUUUAUAGUUUUAUAAAUGCUUUUGUUUAUAAUUAUCAAUUUAUUGAAUAAUUUAUAUUUUAUACAGAGUUUUUGUUCGGAGUUCAUCUCUUUGUUCCAUUUCAAAGAUUGUUCAUAUUUUUCAUGACCACUUUGUUGUUCACACAUAUAUAGAUAUAUAGAUAUAUAUAAAAGAGCCUGUUUUUGGUUUUAUUUUAGAAGGCGUUUAAGACCAUUUUGGUCCAGGUGUCACAACGUAAAGCAGAAUAAAUCAUUUAAAGCAUGCUUCCAGUGAGAUAACAACGACACAUGUCCACAUCAGUUUGAUUUUGUUUUAUUCCCAAACAUGUUAGUUUUUUUCUUUCAGGACAAGUCAAGCUUGUCUCUUCGUCUUUCACACACAUUGAAGCAAACUGCCCUCUUAAAAUGAUUUGGAAUGAUAGAUCUGUCUGCAUCCAAUUCUUCUCGUACGAUUUACUGUGCCUGCUCUUGUAUCCAAUGUCAAGUUUGAUCACCUGUUUCUUGUGUAUUAAGUUUGAUUUGAUGUACUUGAAUUACAGAUAUGCAAUCACCACCUCUCUGACCACUGCCAAUCAUCCCGAUCAAUCAACAUGAUCAGUAAUCAAUAUGAUUAAAGUGAUUAACAACCUUGA